AUGGAACCAGGAUCAGCUCGCCACCUUCCUCAACCCAAGAACUACCAGCCAGUCGCGCGCUCCCAGCUCAAAGUGGGUCGCGACCUCGCUUCCACUCCAGCUCAACCAGGACAUCUGGAUCGAGAUCGAUCCUCAGCCGCAGAUGGAAAGAGGCGCGAGCUUGACCCACAAGACGUCCUCCGACCAGCUCGUCUGCGAAGAGACGAGAUAUUCCCCUCUGUUGUAGCUGUCGAUGCUGUCUCAGAUGAGAGCUUUCAAGACGGUUCGGGACGUACCCUCACCAUCGUGUUCGAGAAAGCCGAUGGGACCGAGUCCAACGUCACCCUGACCCCACCCAGCCGACGCUGGGGACAGACAGCCACGUUCCUGCCCGCACACAACGUUGUGCUGGUCGUGGGUGGUCAGACGAGCAUCUCUGGCGACAUCACCAACGACGUCUAUGCUCUCGAUGCGUCGCAGCUGACCCCUUCCGGUCAGAACACCACUGCCAGCUCUCAAUCUUGGCAGAGACUCUCUUCGGAGGGCCUGCCAGCACAUGCUUUUGCCGCAGCCACCUCGGCUGUUGAUAUCACUGAUGGUUCCGAGAAGCUCUGGAUCGUCGGUGGCGUCACGCAGAACUGCGCUCAGGACGCUCCCGCCUACGUUUGGUCCGCGCCCGUCGGCAACAUCACUGCCGGCAAGUGGACCGCAGUCUACACCGACGACGGCGUCACACCCAGCCGUCGUCGCGGCGCAAAGGCGGUCACGAUCACCUCUGCGAACGCGACCUCAGUCAUGGUUUCCGGUGGUACCUUCGACGCAUCGACCUGCGCGACGACUUCCGGCACCUACGCUGGCGUUGACAUGUGGACCGAGUCAUCCGCCAUGGCUUCAGCGUCCACCUUGGUCUCGGCGUCUGCAGAGACUGCCCACGUCGGCAUCGACAUUACCGGAUCGGCUUACGCCUCGGUGCAGUCGCUUGCCCUCGACUCGCGCAUGCGCGACUUUUCGCUCACUGACUACACCACCGUUGUGCUUCCCGCCAACGGCACGUGCGGUGAAAAGGUCCUCUUCCUCGGAGGCAAGAGUCAGGCUGGCCAGAUGGCCCCUCUCGACCGCUUCUGGGCACUCGACAUGGCCACUGGCGACUGGGAGCACUGGAAUGCCACUGGCCUCAUUCCAGCCGGACGCAUGGGUCACACUGCCGUCGUGACCCCCGACGGAAAAGUCAUCAUUCACGGCGGAUACCUCGAAGACCCCUCCGAGUUCACCACGGAAAACGACCCCAUCAACGAGGUGUUUAUUCUGGACCCACACCAGUCGCCUGCUCGCUGGGAUGCUGCUGUGUGGACGUCCGAGUCGUCUGCCCCUCCCGCCCUCGCUUUCCACUCCGCGGUCAUGGCAUCCGACGUGAUGGUGACCUCGUUCGGCAAGCUCAGCGAUGGACCUUUGUCCGACUACUCUUCUCAGAGCUUUAUUGCAUCGGGUCAGAGUGCUGCAUCGCCAGUCCACUUUCUCGACACUGCAACCUUGUCCAACGCUGGCGGUCUGACGUGGUCCACCUCGGCAGCGGGUGUUGCAGAGGCACGUCAGGCAGUCGCGAACACCGUUGCGGCCGGCCAGGUGUCCGCUCCCGCUCAAUCUGAGGCGGUUCCCGCCCAGCAGGCUCCUGCUGCUCCCGUGGUCGCAACCGAGCCAGUCCAGCCUGCGGCUGUCACUGCACCGUCAGAGGAAGCCAAGCCCGAAGCUGCUGCCCCAACUCCGCCUGCGGCCCCCUCUGAUGAUGGUGACAGCGCUCGUCAGAAGGACGGCGCCUCGGAUGCCGGUGCCAACUCGAACCACACUGGCGCCAUUGCAGGCUCACUCCUUGGUGCUGCUGCCGUGGCCGCUGCAAUCGGUGGAAUCUACGCGUACCGCAAGCGCAAGGAGGCCGCUGCCUACAACCUCGGCCGUGACGCCGGCAACCGUGAUGCCGAAGCGGAUCUUGCCCGCUUCCACGGAGAUGAGGAAAAGCGAGACCGCGCACCGCCCGUCUCGAACCUGUACCUUCGCGGCGAUGGUGCCGAGGCUGCUGCAGCCGGGGGAGCUGGCUGGAGUGCGCGUCUGAAGCGAGCUGCCAGCACGCUGACUCGCUCCAAGCCCGAGGCUGGCGCUGCUGACGACAAGUACACCUCGACUCCAAAGCCGCUCAUGACGCUUGGCAACAUCGCGCCUCGCCGUAAUGCAGGAGCCGCCGAGCAGCAGCGCGAACCGGUAGCGAAGCGCGAUCUGCCUGAUCACUUUAUCACGCAGCUUGCUGACGAUGAGUCGCCGUUCGUGUUUGGCGACAACGAGCCGUUGGGCCGCGGCGAGCUGCUCAUGCCAACCGACGAUGGUCGUGGCGAGCUCAAGCUUCUUCACACCAACACGUCGCACGCAUCCCUUGCCACCGUCGGCACGAUCGAGUCGAAUGCCGCUGCCUCGCACUUCUCGUACCCGUACCUCUCGGGUAUGCACCGCGGAUCUUCGCCGCGCUCGUACAACAGCGAGCACACGACUGGAGGUGUCCAGCGUGUGCGCGUCAUCCUUGGCACCCCAGAGAGCUGCUACGACAAGAUGCACAUGUCGCCCGGUGAUGUCGUCAGCCCCUACCACCUCCCGCGCAACCCUCACGCCAGCCCUGAAAGCCUCUUCCUCAACUUCGACCUGGACCACGCCCAUGACGACGACCUCGACACCAACGUCGCUGUCGACGGUGUCUCGGUCGCUCCUCAGGACAUCAAGACCCCCGUCUUCCUCUGGGACACCCCGGCUAUCACCGCUCCGGCUCCGGCCAAGAUCGUCGAGCCUACGGGCAACGGCCGCACCAUGUCCAUGCUGCGUGCUCAGCCCACGAGCCUCCACGUGACCAACGCCUGGUAG